AUGGGAGUUCUAGACCUUAUGAAAUACUUGAUGUUUGUGUUCAAUAUGCUGGUGUUUGGUGGGGGCAUCUGCCUCCUAAGUGUGGGCACUUGGGCAGCUGCUGACCCUAAUGGAUUUCAGAGCAUCAUUGUUUCCAGUCCACUUCUGAAUGUAGGGGCUUACCUCAUCAUCUUUGUGGGUGUGGCACUUGCAUUCCUGGGUUUCUUGGGUUGCUUUGGAGCCAUCAAAGAAAACAGGUCCACCCUGUUGCUUUUCUUUGUGUUGGUGCUUCUGGUGUUCUCUGUGGAGAUUGUGGCUGCUGCACUCAUUCUUGUCAAUAGGAAACAGAUCAAAGCUGAAUUCUUCCUGUCUGAUCUGCAGAGGAAUUACCAAGGGGACAAUGCUUCUGAUGUGUUCUCCACAUCUUGGAACACCAUCAUGAUUGCGUUUUCAUGUUGUGGCAUUUCAGGGCCUGAUGAUUUUGGGAACUGCUCCCAUUUCCAGGAGCAACAGCCAGAUGAACUCUGGCCUCAUGCCUGCUGCACUCGGGACAGGCCCCUCCACACAGGUCACCUUUUAGACUGGAAGCGCUGCAGGCAACGAGAUCCCGAGUACCUCAAUAGCCAGGGCUGCUUCCCUACAAUUGCCUGGAUGUUGCAGAAAUAUAUCUCCAUUCCUGGGGCCUGUGGUUUGGGAGUGCUAACUGUUGAGAUGUUUGCCAUGAUCUUUGCUUUUUGCCUCUACCGCUACUAUGACUGA